AGGAUUUGGCUGAGGGUGUAACUGUCUGAUUUAUGAUAAGGAUGCUGGCUUUUUGUUUGUGAUACAAACAUUCUAUGUUAACGUGUAUAGCUCUGAACACAUGAGCAUUACAGUUUUGAACAAGUAUCAUGGGCAGUUCACUUUUUUUUUCAGCCUUUUCAAUUUUUCAAUUACGGUGAACAGAAGGCUGAUUCUGUAUCUGUAUUCUGUAUCCAUGUUCUGUAUUCUGUCUCAAGUUGAGUUUUUGCAGGUAACUCCUCCCUACAGGCUCUUCUCAUCCAAUCAAGCCUCAGUGUACCAGGAGCUAAUUCAGCCUGUGGAUGUGGAGAGAGGAACAUCAUGAGCAUACCUGGGAUGGGAUUUGGUAUGCAAAAAAGCCAAAUUGCUUUAUCACCUCCAAAGCCAACAAUAAUAUAACAGCAAAAAAAAAGAAGUAUAGGUCACCGUGCCACUGCCUGGAGUGGAGCACGAAACUACAACCUAUCAGAAUUCGUGUUCCUCUUCACUCCGCUACCACUUACUCCUGAGAAAGCCCACAAUGUGACUUGCAGACUGACUCCCUGAGCCUUGGCCUUGGCGUCACAUCAGCCCCGACACGGCACUGCCACGUGAUCUUUUGGUUGCUGGCUUGACAUUUGGGAUUGUGCUGCUUCUGGCUGGGGCUCUGUUUGGCUUUAAAGCUCGAUCAGCACAACCGAGUGCAACUAAAGCGAUGACAAGCGGGUUCCCCUUGCACAACACUUCCUCCACUGAUGAACGAGAUGCAGCUCCCCACACGCAGCCUCCUGAGCGGGAGUUGCCACCUGGUUUACCUCUGCGUGGCAGGAGGCCAAGCCUAAAACAUCUGCAGUUUCUUAAGUGGCUGCCAGACAAAACAACAACCUGGGGAAACAAGCUGGCUGAGCACGGGAAUGUAAACCUGCUUGCUCUGAAUGUCCUUACUUCUCCUCAUCUGCGGAAUAUCAUGCACCCAAUUUGAUGUGGUUCACAACACACUAGAGUGAGGAUGUUGAUGUGCAGCCAGCCAAGCGCAUCACAUCAGGGACACCGUGUCCUGCCUUGGGAGCAUGGCUGGUGGUGCUACAUAGCACAGCACCUGGUCGGGCUCGGGAGGCAGCUCCCUCCAUUAGAGCCAUUUGCAGGGGACUUUUGUACCCACCUCUGAGUGCCUGCUGCUGCCAGCCUGCCCCAGACAGACAGCAUUGGGUCAUGUGAGAAUCAGGAACACGCUUCAUCAGCAACAACAAACACAUCCUUUUUGGUGACCUGCUCUCCUGUUUUUGAGUUUCCAUGUUACCACAGGCUCCGAACAGGUUCCCUAGUGGGCAAGGCCAACCUACAGCCAGUUGUCAGGCUGGUGGCUGACACAACAUCCCACGUUGUGGCUUGUGGAGAGGUGCUGAUUGAUGUGAGCUGCUGAUGCUGCUCACUGCCAGCAUGUGCAAGUGGGCUGGCUGGGAUCCAGCAGCUGCAGUUUCCCUCCCCAGGACUGCCCUUCCAUAGCAAGGGCCCUUUUCCUCAUCUGUUAGCACCUGCCAUAUCACAACCAGGUUGCAUGGACAGGCACGGUGGCAAAUGCUGUUGCAGAUACUGGAGGUCAGUUUGCAAAAGCUAUGGAAGACAAUUUUUAUGGGAGCACUGAAAGCGUUUAUGGUGGGAUUCAUCUCCCCUGACUUUUUGUUGUCAAAAGCUGAUCUUGCUGGCUAGUCUUCUCUCAAAGCCAUACCUGGAGCUCAUUUCAUCUCAUAUCUACAGAAGACCUACAUAUAAUAUCUGGAGAAGGAAAACCAUGGACAGGUCAGUCACUGCUGGCCAACUUAAAGACAAGUCACUCUUCCAGGACACAGAUGACAGUGCAGUUCCUGUCAAGGGUGUGUGCCAUAGUUGUUCAAAGCUAAAGAUAUUUCUUGGAGCCCUAGCUUUUUCCUUUUUUGCCAAAGGAUUUUCUGGAAGCUACAUGAAAAGCAUGUCUAGUCAAAUUGAAAGGAGAUUUGAAAUCUCAUCAUCAAUUUUUGGCAUUAUUGAUGGCAGCUUUGAGAUAGGUAACUUAAUGGUAAUGGUGUUGGUGAGCUACCUUGGACCAAGAGUUCAUCGACCAAAAGUAAUUGGUGUUGGAUGUCUCAUCAUGUCCUUAGGAGCAUUUUUGUCAGUGAUACCUCAGUUCCUAAUGGGACGUUAUAAUUAUGAAAGGAUAACUGUUACUGUGGACAACUCUUCUAUGAGUGUAUCAGCUUGCUCCCCAGGACUGUCUGUGAGCCGUCCAGUUACAGAUGCUACAGAAACACCCAGUGCAAUGAAAAAUUUUGGAUGUGAGAAAACAACAAAUUCCUAUCUGUGGCUCUUUGUGUUGUUUGGGAACCUUUUACGUGGAAUUGGGGAAGCACCAGUUAUGCCAUUGGGGGUUUCAUAUAUUGAUGAUUUUUCUAAAGAAGAAAACUCAGCGUUUUACAUAGGUUUGGUGAGAUCCUCAGGUAUGUUCGGGCCGACCCUGGGCUUCCUGCUGGGAUCUUUCUGUGCCAGCCUCUGGGUUGAUAUCGGUGUUGUGGAUAUCGAUGCCAUAAGCAUAAAUCCUAAGGAUACCCGUUGGGUUGGUGCCUGGUGGCUUGGAUUGCUCAUUUGUGGAGGAGUCAACUUCAUUGCUUCAUUGCCUUUCUGGUUUCUGCCUUCCUCCUUACCAAAAGAAGGACAGAACGAAAAAAUGAAGAUUAGUCAUUUGCCUGUUCAAGGAGAUCACUGUAAAACAGACUCCCCAGUUCAGCCACAGUUAGAUUUCUCAGAGGCAGUAAAAGAUUUCCUCCCAGCUCUGAAGAAGUUGUUUGGAAAUCCAAUUUUCCUGGUGUUCAUCUUCCUCACUAUUCUGCAGUACAAUUCUCUUGUUGGGGUGAUAACCUACGAGACAAAGUUUAUGGAGCAACAAUUUAAUGUAUCAGUGGCAAAAGCCAUCUUUCUAAUUGGUGUGAUACUUCUACCAAUCACAAUCAUGGGGAUGUUUCUAGGAGGCUUUCUGAUCAAGAAAUUCAAACUUCACAUAACCGAAAUGGCGAAGUUUGCAUGUAUCACCUUUAUAGUAGCAUAUUUGCUAAACCUCUUGUACUUUACAUGCAGUUGUGAGGUGCUCCAGGUGGCUGGAUUGACAGCGCCCUACUCUGGAUUAAAACAUCUUUCCUUUCCUAAAAACAACUUCAUGGCCAGUUGCAAUGCUGACUGCGGCUGCAAGCUGGAUCAGUGGGACCCUGUAUGUGGGGAUAAUGGGAUCACUUACAUGACAGCCUGUUUUGCGGGAUGUAAAUCAUCAACAGGGACAGGAAAGAACAUGGUGUUUCAUAAUUGCAGCUGCGUGGAAGGACAAGGGCAUGGACUUGGCAAUUCCUCUGCAGUUUUGGGACAGUGCCAAAGAGAAAGCUGUACCAAAGCAUUUCCCUACUUUUUAGCAUUACAGACUGCAUGUGCAUUUAUUUUAGUCUUAGGAGGCACCCCUACAUACAUGAUUAUGUUUAGAACUGUUUCACCAGACCUGAAAUCAUUUGCUGUUGGGAUUGAAACUUUAUGUGGUAGAAUACUAGGAGGACUCCCAGCUCCUAUUUAUUUUGGUGCCUUGAUAGAUGAGACCUGCUUGAAAUGGGGGACAAAAAAUUGUGGGGGAUCUGGAUCUUGCCGGGUGUAUGACACAAAAGCAUUCAGGUGCUGAGCUGCUGUGGCACCCAAAGGCAUUUGGGCUUUACUCCUGAGUCUGGCUGGAAAUACUUUUUUUCCACAAGAAAGGGGAAAAGCCCUUUGAUAAGCAGGUUAUGACCUUCUUGUGCCAGCCUUCCUCUCUGUAUCCAAAGAUGCCAGUUUAUUGACACCUCCUUGACAUCAUGAGCCUGGAAUAAUAUCUUCCUAAAUCUGCUGCAACCUUUUUCUGGCAUUGUUGAUUCUUUGUGCAUAAUUCUCAUAAUCUGUCAUCUGGAAUCAGGUCUUCUGUUCAGUUAAAACUAGUAUAUUUUGUCACAUAGAAUGUAUUUUUAAAGAUCACAGAUUUUGGAUUAAAAAUAUCCCUCCCAAACUCCUGGCUUGAAAGUCGCCGUAGGAAAUCAUAUAUGCACCAAGAUCACAGUAUCACAGUAUCACAGUAUGUUUGGGAUUGGAAGGGACCUCAAAAGAUCAUCUAGUCCAAUCCCCCUGCUGGAGCAGGAACGCCUAGGUGAGGUCGCACAGGAUGUGUUAAUAAAAUAUCAGUUGGGCAAAGCAGAUGAGAGACAAGCAAAACUAGAGAGUUGCAACUACUUUCCCUGCCAAAAUUCACUCCUGAGUUCCAUAGUUAGAUAAGAUGAUCAGUUCCUUUAGGUCCAAAGCUCAAUCCUAUGGCUGUAUCUGGAUACAUCAAAACAUUUGCAAAUGCAAUUGUAGGACAAGACCAAACAAAAAGUUUUAUCAGUUUUGCUAGAUGGAGAAUCUCUGUCUCCGUGAAAUAUCACUUUAUUUGGGUAAAAAGAUCCCAUUCUUUUCCCUUGAGCUGCUGCAACGCUGCUGACUGUCAUGACACACAAUGCUUAUUUCAGAACAACUCAGCAUUUUGCACUAACAUAUCUGUUAACCAUAUCCCACUAAGCCUUGAACAUCUAUUUUAAAGUAUCAACUGGGUAAUUCAAUCACUGUUGUGAAAUGGUAUCCAAGUACACAUCUUUUUAUUUAAAGUAACAAUGGUUGUCAAGCUCCAAGUGACGCAAAUAUGAUGAACACAAACCCGCAAAUACACAAAAGCAGCUUUGAAUAUGUGAGCUAAAGGCUUGAGCUGAGAAAGUUUUAAGGUGCAUGAAAAUACAGAUGAGUGUUUUGCUUGACUGAUGAUGAACCUUUCCCGAAACAAUAAAGGCUGAACGACAAACAUAUCGAGUAUUUGCAGUAGUCAUAGGGGUAGCGUUGUUGUUUGAGUGUCCUCUGCUGGGCAGUACUGGGAAUAGCAAUCAAGACACGAGCAUAUGUUGGAUGGAUUUUGCUUUGAAAACAACAUCACUACAAAAUUCAGAAUAUUUAUUUUGUUUCAUAGCCAGUUAACGAAAGAAGACGAGUUUUUAAUAAAAUUCUUCGAGCUUGAGAUUUUAAAAACCAAUUAUUUCCUUUAUGGCAAUGUAUUUUUAGUUUCAAGUAGGAAUAAAAUUUUCAGCUGGGCUAAGAUAAAAUGCUUCUUGGAAAAACACUGCUUUUGUCAAUUUUGUGAUGGAAGAUUGUUGUCAUGAUUUGUUUAGAUAAGGAGAAAAUAUUUUUCUUAUAGGCUUUGGGUUUACUGCGAGUUCUGAUUGAAUUUGAUGAAAUAAAAGAACUGCUGUUAGCCUUGA